AUGCCUCGCACCUCCUCUACCGUCACGCGGAGCCGCUCAGCACGCCUUCCUCGAGCACAAACACAGCCGCAACCAGGGAUUCAGGGUUUUGCAAGAGCGACCAAGCCUGGCGUCGGCCUCAGCGCGGUAGCAGACGGCAAGAAGGACCUCGAAGCCAAGCGUCCGACGCUCCCAGUCUCACCUUCCAAGAAGCGGAAGUUGAGCGAGCUUCACAAUGUCGAUUUUGUUGUGCGGGAACAAGGGCAGCAGGGGAAGGAGGCUACGGUUACGAUCUCGGAGGAAAACCAGGAGAACGAGAAUGUCGACUUGUUGAAUUUGACGCCGUCGAAAUCGCUCAAGUUCAGUUCAUUAUCUGUUUCGUCGCCGCGCAGUGGUCACUAUGCUGCCCCUACAUCUACACCUUCGGCUCUAUCGCCUUCGCGCUCGACGCGCUCGGCGAGAACUAGCAUUAUCCGGGAGGACGAGGACGAGGAUGAUAGUGUGCCGUCCACACCCACGAAGCGUGUGGCUGCGACUCCGACGCGUCGAGCGAAGACGACUGCGUCAUUACCGCGUUCAAGCGCGUCUUUCAGUCUUCCAGCGCGUCCGGCCGGCGUCGAGGAAAUGGUCCGAUUGCAUUCGGCGUUUCUCAAGGCGUUGACGAUUCACGCUGCGCACCGGGGUGUUGCUGCGCCUGCGGAUCUAAGAGAUUUCUUGCCUAGCAUCGAGCGAAUCUGGAAAAAAAGGAAGGUUGUUGUUAAAGAUCUACAGCGGCUCCUGUGGAUCUGGCGCCAGGGUCCGGGAUGUGCGUUUCGACUUGCGAAUCAUGGGCUUGGGCGUGUUUGCUUGGAAAGGAUUGCUGGGCGGGCGGAGCGGCUUAAUGAUGAGGCCGAGAUGCAGAGCCGGUUUGAGGAGGCGGUGGAUUUGCUCUACAAGCAGGUUGCAGAGCAGGAUGAGGGUGAAGAGCUGGAUUUCAUUGCGACGCUGGGACUGGUCUCCAUCGAGGAGUCUUUGGCGCCGUUUACGGCGUUCCGGAAGGGACAGCAGCGGCUGCAGGAUUUGAAGGGGGGCGUUAUCAAGGUGAAGAUGGAUGUGCUACUGGCCGAGGCCGCGAAUGAUGAGACCUCCGGGACGACGCCAGCGAAGAUGCGUGACGCGACGACGAACCGACGACAGGGGCUGCUCGAUCGAAUCAAGAAUAAAUCGCUGCGUCAGUCGAAGCUGCCUCCGCCUCCAUCUAAGGAAGUGCUACUUCGUCGUGCUGCAUCUGGGCGUGUUGAGGAGGUUGCGAACGUACUUGCUCUUCUGCGGCCCGCCGGCUAUGUAGGCAGUGGUCCGAUGGCGAGAAUGGCAGCGCAGCGUACACCGUUCUGUCUCGAGACCAUCGUUCAGAGGGUGCAAGACUCAACGCGGAAUCCUAUAUCGGAGAAAGAGGUGGAAGCUUGUCUGGAGAUCUUGGCUCGAAACGACAUAGCGGGCCACUGGGUGAGCAUUGUUGUCGUGAACCAGCUGAAGUCGGUUGUUUUGCAGUCGUGCGGUGAUGUCCAGCUGAAGGACAUCGGGGCCAAAGUGGCCCAGUUGAAGCCGGGGUGGGAGGACACUCCAAAGCUUAUAAUUUGA